AUGGUUAAUUCAACUGUUAACUCACCAAACUCUACUUUUGAGACUGAAGACACUAUCAAGGUGAACAGUUCUCUCAUCUCAUCAUCCUCGACUUCAAAUAAUCAUUAUCAUAAUAGUAUCUUAAAUCAUAGUUUUAAUGAUCAGUACUAUCAAUACGACACUAGUCUCGUGAAUGCUCCAUUCAACCCCUUACCACCACCACCAAUUUCCAUUAACCAACAAUCUGUCCAUUUGCAAAACCCUCAAUUAAGCACCACCGCCAGUUCGAACACAAACACCAAUUUCAAUUCAUCAUUUUCUGGUUCUUCGGCUCAUACACAGGAGUUUAUUGCUACAAACCACCUUGCUGCAAAUACCUCUGAUUAUUUCCAUGCUAAUGAAUACAGCUUGCCCAAUUCCUCCCAUUAUUCCAUCUUCUCCAACCAACAAGCCAUGAACUCUACUACUUCUUUACACAAUGAUUCACACAAUCAAACCCAACAAAUUUUCAAGUUAAAUAUGGAUUCGACAUCGGAUAUCUUAAAUGACUAUUCGAUCUCGAACUCCCAAAAUACGGAUCUAAUGUACAACUUGACUGAAUUUGAGUUGGGAAACCCUUCGUUGGAAUCGAUUCCUGAUUCGAUGUUGAAUCACAGCCACCACUAUCCCUCUCUGGGAUUGAGUCAGAGUCUCACCAACCACCACCUAGGGGCUCAAGCUUUCAAUGAGGCGGAGUAUAGCCACCCAGGCUAUAGUUCUACAAAUGAUUUAAAUCAAUACCCUUAUACGCCAACUAUCAGCGAUGCUUAUACACCAACUUUGAGUGAAAGCUCAAGCUACACCCCUUCUUCAAGCCACAACACAAUUUCCAAUAAUACCGAGUCUUCUACUACCGAAGAAUUUUCAAUCCGUGCUCCUGUGCCACUUCUGUUGAAGUCACUGGCAUACUCUAGUUCCUCGCCAAACCUUGGAUCUCAUAAGAUUACCAAGAAACCAUCCAUUGCACGUAUGAAUAGCAAUUCUACCAUCAGUAACAAAAAGAGCUUGGUGAUCUCUACCCAAAUUUCCAACUCAUCAAAUAACGUCCCUCUUGGUGAAUCUUCUCCGCAAAUGCUCGGAAUCUCUCCAUUGUGCAACAAAUAUAAAGGAUUGGACAUUUACCACCAACCUUCCCCAAUAUCGGCAAGAUCGGUUUCGAAUGCUUCCAACUGUUCCAGUGGUUCAACUACUUCCGUGAAUACUCCAAGUAAGCCAUUGAUGCCUCCAUUGAACAUCUUCCGUCAUAAUUCCGAUUCAUCUUCGAGUUCCUCAUUUUACGAGACCCCAAGAAGAAAAACCUACCCAAACUUUAAUGAUGUGCCCACACCAAAGAAUAGGAAGCAAGCUUUGAGAAAGACAUCAAAGAGUGCUCUCAUAAUUGACUGCGGUGAUUCCAGCACCCCAGGUGCGGAGAACAAACCAAAAAAGUACACCCGUAGAAGACUUCUUCCAAGAUCCAAAAACGGUUGUUGGAUAUGCCGUAUCAAGCAUUUGAAGUGUGAUGAAAAAAGACCAGUUUGCACCAGUUGCGUUAAGUUUGGUAUCGAAUGUGAUUACUCGGCAGAAAAACCGGCAUACGUUACUGACAAGAACUUGAGAAAGGAAAAGCUUACGAGCAUUACUUUAGUCCGUAAGCAAAAGCAAACUGGGGGUAAGAAAUUCAAAAUCGAAGACGAUGAUGAAGAUGCAAUCUCAUCUGCAAUUGAAGCAGGCCGUUAG